UAGAGCUUUUUUCGCGGAUCAUUUUGAUAAAAAAAAUUUCUCUUUUCAUCAAAAAAGGGUGUGAGGUCUGGAGUGUGGGAUGCGGGGUCUGGGUUGUGGAUGUCGCGAAAGAACAUAACCACGACGCACACCCACCCACACCCUUCGUUCAAAGUGAUUUUAAAUAAAAAACAAAAAAAAGGACGAACGUCCACGAAGUUGCAUAUGACGCAUAAUAGUAUUACAUACUGGUCGAAUCUGGACUAAUCUAAAUGAUAGAAGUCUAAAGAAAAAGGUUAAAUUCGACCAUGCACACAAUAUGUCACUUACCAAGUGCCUAGUCGAUUGAACUAUAUAAUCAAAUGAUCAAUGUCUACACGGCAAUAAACAUUUGAAGAUGCUGUUUAAUACAAUGUCACUAUGAAUAAAACAAAUUCAAAUUUUUUUCUCAUCGUAGGCUUCUAGGAAAAAUAUUUUCUCUUGGAAGAUGGCCAGUUAUAAAAAUAAUCUGAAGUAACCAUUUUUUUGUAUUAUGAUUAAAGUUUAUCUCAAUUUUAAAUGUUCACAAUUUUUAUUGACAAAUAAACUGAAAUCAUGUUAAUUGCAUACAUAUUCUAAAUUUGAACCAUCAGAUUUCCUAUCUAAAAUAAAAAUCAUAUUAUAACAUAAAGACGUUAGAAAUACUUUUACAUCAAAUAUAAACUUUACCCACACCCAUACCCUCUUCUCUCCUAAUAAUCUCGAAUGAGGUAAUCGAUAUAUGAUCGAUUGAAGAUCAGCGUUUUUUCUCAUCUUUAGUUUAAAUUUUUAUUGUCAAAUCAAGAUUAAAAAGAAUUUUACAUGAGACCAAAAUUCGAUCGAAACAUUCUGAUGAUUUUCAUCAAUUUCAAUUGUUGAUUGACUAUUGCAAAUUACGAUACAUUUAGGAAUAGAAUUUCAAAGUUAUCUCAUUGUUUUGAUUGCUACUAUCGAAAUCGUAUUGAUCAAUUGUUUCUUCUGACAUGAUGCAUCAAGUGAAUAGAAUUCGUUCGAUGUGUCAAGUCUUCCAUUUUUUGAUAUAAAUUUUCAACUUUCAUAACACCUUCAAUAACAAAUAUGUAUGUAAGAAUGAAUUUCUCCGAUGACAGCUGUUUUCUUCAAGAUGAAUUUUUUCAUUGUUUGAACAUACAUACUUUAAUUGAUCGUAUAAAGAUCUUUGUUAUGGUUAUUGGCUAGUCAAGCGAGAGAAAUACAUGAACAUGUAAUAAAUUAAUUUGAAGUCGGCAGGGUGUGGGUGUGGGUGUGUUUUUUCUCACUUGCUAGAUGCUCAGACUCAUCCACCCGACAUCUACACUCCACAUUUACAUUCAUAUUCACCCACCCGCAUACCGCACCUUCCAGGCCCACACCCUCUUGGAGGUCAGGGUCGGAAUGGGUGAGACUGAGGAUUGGUGUAAGUGGGUGAGGGUUAAAGUACAGUUGGUUCAGGGUGUGUGGGUAGAGUAUGUAAAGGUCAGGAUGCAGGAUGACGAUUGCACUUCAUGCUAUAUUGCACGUAAUCUCUAACAAGUGGUUCACGAUACGACAGUGGACAUAGUCGAUAGCAUGAAUAUACGGAAGCAGAUCUUUUCGGGUACUUAGAUACAAGAUUUCGAGAUUCCGGAUGGGAAUUAAUGAGACAUGAGUGAAUCGAUAGAGCCCAUCGGAUUCUAGUUGGCAGGGGAGAGUCUGCAUGAAUUGUUGUGAAGCAGGUAUAUGCUAGGGAAAGCUAUGUAAGUUUUAUUUGGAAAUGUACCUCUAAAACGGCAUAUCUUGUAUAGUUUUUUAAGGAGUUCCGCAUAUGCAACAUUUUCCAAUUGUUACUAUUCUACGACACAUUUGAUUGUAUGAAGACGGUUCUGAUUCGGCCAAUAUUAGCCGAAAACUUGAGUCUAUCGCUAAUAUUUGUGACGUCUUCACAAGCCAUUGCUAGCGGUAUUACUAGUGACAUUGACUGAAUGAAAAUCUCGUUGAGUUGCGCGGCUUCGUUUCUAUUUGAUUCCGCAGGACAAAUGGAUUUAUUUGCAAAAUUUUUAUUUGAUUGUUGGCAGUGACGCCCAACAUAGUGUUCCAUAUCGUUUUAUGGUAUCAGAUUUUAAGAAAAUGUUGAAAAACUGUCCAAUAAAAAAAUAUCCUGCUAGUCAAAAAUACUCACGAUUGAUGUUUAAGGCCUCUGAGAUGGUAUUCCCAACAAAAUGAAAAACGACAAAGUGACUGACAACAGUCGUUUGCAGCAUGCAGAGAGUUAUCCAUUCACUUUAUUCGGUUGUUUUUCUUCGUUUUUUUUUGCUUACUCAGAAAAGAAUUUUAUCACACUUCAAACUUUCGUUUCUUUUGCGUCAAUGUUCGAUCGGAAGAAAGAGUAAACAGAAAUGACUGAAGACAAAAGGGUGUGGGUGGGUGUGGGUGUGGUUGUGGACUUCACUUUAAGUCGCACACCCACACCCCACCCUCAUUUUUACAACCAGAAAAUUCAGGUUCAUAUGAAAAAUGUUCUCUUAUUAGCCAAUAAUUAUUCUUUUUUUUUUUUUUAUGUAGAUCCAGUACCUGUUGUUCUACUUGUUGUCGAAGGUGGUCCAAAUACAGUUCGAACAGUUCAUGAAGCUGUUGUUGAAAACAAUAUUCCAGCUGUUUUUCUCGAAGGAACAGGUCGUUGUUGUGAUUUAUUUGCUAAAGCAUUUCAUCUUUAUAAUGAAUAUCGAAGAAAUAUUGAAUCUGAUGAUGAAACAUCAGUAAAUAUUGAUCCAGAUACUUUAGCAAAGUAUUAUGAUGAAUUAAAAAUAAAACUGCGUGAAGACCUUAAAGAUGAACUCCUAUCAAUUAAUGGUCCAGUCGAUAUACCUGCUACACCAGAUAAUCAUGCACAUCUCACUGAUAAUAAGGAUAAUUUUGAAUUAGUUUAUGAAUGCAUUCAUACUCGAAGAAAUUUUUUGCAUAUAAUUAGUCUUAGUUCACGUCAUUUAGUUGAACCCGAUAUUGAUUUAGCUAUUUUACAAGCUCUAUUAAAGGCUACUUCCGAUAAAAAGGGGUGUGAAGCAACUAUAAAACGUAAACGUGAACAACUUCGUUUAGCAUUAGAAUGA